AAUAUUAAUUUCGGUUUAGGUUUCAUAUUCAUAAUUAUACAUUAUAAUUAUCUCUUUGUAACAUAGUAUCGUAAAUGAAAAUUGAAUUAUCUCUUGGUUCGUGCAGUAUCGCAAAUAUCAAACAUGGCGCUCGCAUGGAAUCCGUCGAAGAAACACAGUGAUUGUGAAAGAUGGGUUUGCAUUUAUCCGGUUUAUAUAAACAGCAAAAGAACGUUAGCAGGUGGUAGAAAGCUUGCAAAGGAUAAAUGUGUGGAAAACCCUACACAUCAGGAGAUCCGUGAAGUUUUAGUGGCAGCUGGUUUUAAUGUUGGUGUAGAAAAUAAAUCACAUCCAAGAGAACGUAGCAAAGAAUUAUUAUUUCGAGGACGUAUUCGUGUACAAUUGAAAAAUGAUGAUGGUACACCUGUGAAAUCUGACUUCCCCACUAGAGACUCCCUUUUACUUUACCUAGGCACUACUAUACCCAAAUUAAAAACUCGCCAAGGUAAACAAUCAAUGGGUGAACAAUCUUCACAGUCAUCUAGUUCAUCAUCUAAAAAAGGAAAGGGAAAAGGAAGAAGGUAAUGAGGAAACAACAGUGUAAUAAAGAUAAUAAAUACAUUUCACUUAUAUGCACUUUAUUAUUGAAGUAAGAAUUAUUUUCAUGUCUGAAAAUAAAUUAUAUGUAUUAGACUUUACAUAAAGUUACUAUGAAACAAAUUUAAAUUGCAUAUUAUUUACUUGUACAAGUUAUUACUUAAUACAGUUUUUGAAUGCUUAAUGGUAUUUUAUUAUAUGUUAAAUAAUAUUCAAUAAUAUAUUAUGUAAAAAUAAGUUUUCCUUUGUAAAGUGAUCAUGAAAUACCUCUAUUUAUCUUAAACUGACGAAUAUAUCUUUAAGAUUUACCCUGAA